ACAGCUUCCCCGUCAGCGCGGCCCACAAGUCUGAACAUAGAAAAUGCGCAUCUGGUGAUCACCCAAUCACCAAUCACCCGAUGAUUGAAUGGAGCUGGGAGAACCUGUGAUAAUGGACAUUACGGAAACCUUCCGUAGCACAAGCAGCGAGGACCUUGCCAAAUCGACCUCUGCAGAUUUUUUCGACUUCGUCGUGCAGCAGCCGGAAUCGAACGACGGUCAGGCGACCAUCCAGCAGUUCAACAAGCAGCAGAUGAGGAGCGUGAAUGCGUUCCUGGAGGAAGCGAAGGAGACGAACAAUAACAAUAUGGUUAUUUCGGAAAUACCAACUACUACCUCGGAAGGUGUGUCGAAUUUUGACGCGAACUUUUGGAGCGACAAGGAGACGGUGCGGAUAGAGACUGCCAUUUUAGAGGAUCUGAACAAGUACUGUUGGAGUACGGAGGAAGCCGGCGGUGUAGAGCAGCAACUUAGUCCUGGAAAGAGCAGCACACAGAACACAGAUGGACAAAUAUAUACCCUUACAGUAUUAAAUGGUAUUGACCAAAGCGCCACGUGGUACCGACCUCCCAAAGAGGACGAGUCCAUAUCCAGUCCUAGCUCUAUGGAACAUCUCCAAGCUGGUUUGGACAUCGACACCUUCCUCAAUAUCAUUCCCGGUCAAUUAAACAACUUUACUAGCUACAACGAAGGCACGAUGAGUCCCAACACAGAUGGCCUGAUCAAAUCCGAAACCUACACGUACGAGGACAGCGGGUUCGCGGAUAACAAAGAGGACCUCACCAGCGCCCUUAUUAUAGACACUCCCAUGUUGGAGGCUCACGACAGCUUUAACAAUAACAACAACGAUUGGAAAAUGACGAAUAACAACACUACGACGUCAACGCAACAAAGUAGUUCGUCCCCUGAUUCGUUGUUGAGGAGCGCGUUGCAGGGCAAAGCUGCCUUUGCGAGAUAUAAUGGUGCCUUGAAAGCGUCAAAAUCCGAAACGAACGCCGAACUCCGGCGGGCGCUGUCAACGCCUCCCACCAAAACGGAAACCAUGUACAUAAAAGAAGAACAACAGGACAAUAUCCCCACCAUAGUAGCAGGAAUCGAUGCCAAUGGUAAAGUGGUGUUCGAAGAACACGUCAGCAGUAGGGUCCAGGCUGUUCAAGAGACAAGCACCAGUUCUGCGGGUGACAAUAACCCUAGUAGUACACAUAAUGUUGACGACCUGCUACUUAGUCAAUUGGAUCAUCCUUUUCCGGAGGACUUUGAGAAGCUCAAAAGGAUAGCUAACGAGGUGGCUGAAUCGGUGAAUCAGUACUGUCACAUUGACACCAGUGGUGCCUCCGACGCGACAGUGAACAGCAUUGGAAGCCUGAGCAGUGAGCAAAUAGGUAUCCUGUAUAACCUGAGCUCACCCAUACAGAUCACGACAGCGACAGCGCCGGUGGUUACUAGUACAGCCAAGCCGACUAAAAAGUACAAACGGCAGAACAGUACGGGUGCCACCAAAACAGGACAGACACAGGUCCAAAACGCUUCCUCAACAAGCAACGGCGUCCGCAAAGAACGCUCCCUACACUACUGCAGCAUCUGCUCGAAAGGUUUCAAGGACAAAUACUCGGUGAACGUUCACAUCCGCACUCACACGGGCGAGAAACCCUUCGCGUGCAGCCUGUGCGGAAAGAGCUUCAGGCAGAAGGCGCACCUCGCGAAGCACUACCAGACGCACAUCGCACAGAAGAACGCAUCAGCUGCCAGUGCUGGUGGUGGGGGUGGCAGUCAGGGUGGCGCGGCGGGCAAGGCGAAGCCAAGGUAGCUUUGAGAGGGGUAAAAGAUGAGAAGGUUUGUGAAGUGUGCGGUGGUGUGAUGUGUUGGUGAUGAAAAGUGAAUUGUGGGGGGAAUGGAAUGGGAAUGAUGUGUGGUGGAGAGUAGGGGAGUUCGAGAGUUCAUAACGUGGAUAAUAUGCGUUUUAUGCAUAAAAUAUCAGAUCUAGCAGAUUUUAGUCAAAAUGUGUUUGAUGUACUUCUAUGAAAAAUCCCUCGUAUCAGCAGAUCUUAUAUAGAUUCCGCGUUGCACAUUUAAGAAGAUUAUAGGUCAAACUAAGCCAUUAAGAAACGCAAGACACUAAUGGUCUUAGUUUUUUGAACCGUCCCGAGGCUCUUAAUAAAUUGAUCAGCUAUGACCAGGGUUCUCAUGAGCAAAUUUUCGUUAAAGAAAACUGCUCUAACAGAAAACCUUAACUUGCUCGAUUGCAAAAAUCAUUGCAACGUUAAGAACAAAAGUAGUUUCUAGCGAUGUGGAACACUACUGAACUUAUCAGGAUUUAAAAUGAAAAUAUACAGAAAAAAUGCAAAGAAUAAACGAAAAUAAUUUGUUGGAUUUUUCAGGUAUCUCUGCAUCACUAGCUGAAAUAGAAAGGACAUAGGAUGUGAUCAUUACCAUAGAACAUCUCUUUUCUGAUUAUGCGAAUUGGUAUGCGAUCUUCUAGAGGUAGUAUUUUGAAAAUACCUCUCAUUUUUUUCCAAUUCUAUGAGUACGACGUAGUCUGACAGUACUAAAGUUGCGAUUGGAGAUGAAAGGGAAAUAUACUUUCUCUUGAAACCCACACAAACUAGUCAGUCUGGAGCUGCUGCGGGUUUACGUGCUGUAUCUCCAUAGUAACUAUCAAACCUGAUAGCAAAGUGAAAACUGCUGCCAUCUAGCAAGGAUAUUAAACGGAUACUGCGAUACAGCAUUCAAAAUCGCUAUACUUACCUGAAUGAACUGAUUUUUAGUACUUUUCAAUUACACAAUGUUACCUUGAUGUAAAAUGAGAAAAAGGGAGCUGUCCCAUAAUUCUUUUUUUUGAGCAUAUCCUUCACUAAAUUUAAUACCUUAACAUAAACGAGAACGAAUGUUAAAGAAUCCAGGGCAAAUAUGCUACUGACACACCAUUCCCAACGUUCCGAUCUCAUAACUCGCACGAGAACAAUUUGCAGAUCAAAUGACAACGAAAUUUGAAUACUCAAUAAAUCAUGAACAAUUUUUAGGGAAAUUUUAUAGCCUUGUUCCUAAGCUUAACCUGUUUUGUUAUUAUGUUUUGUAUUACGUGCUGUGAUGAAUGAAAUUAAUAUUCAAAAAAUAAAAGCGAUGUUGUAAGUAAGAAUUCUGCCUUAAAAAAUUCUCUUGCCAUUUCUGUAUUAUGUUAUGUUUAGGUACGUAUUUAUUUUUCAUUUUUUACAUUUAAUUGGUCACUAAGUAAAGUGGAAAAUUAUAAAAUUUUAAAUCAAAUGAUGAUGAAGCAAUGUUUUAUUAUUGGGAUAUCAUUGUUUCAACAUUUUAAGACCACAAAUUCAAAGAAAUUCUCACGUUAUUGAAAGUUGAGGUGCCUUGGAAUUUGAUUUUGUUAAUUAAAGGUGAUAUAGUUGACAAUAACCAUACCAUAUCCAUGAUUGCAUCAUUAUUCUAUAUAAAAAAUAAACUUUGUUUGAAUUAGCAGAGGACCGGUUAACUGGUAUAAGAAUAUUAAAAUAUAAUAUAAUAAACUAAAAAAAAAAUCGUAUUUGAUAUUGUGCUCUCAAAUUCUGAAGGAGUCUUCAUUGCCUAAAAAGGCACCACUUUAAUUAUUGACCGAUUUUUUUAGUUGUUUAAUAUAUGUUGUUUUGUACAGGGCGUAUAGUUUCAUCGUAUAUUUAAGUAUAAUUCCUAACGUAAAAGUAUUAUUCUGCCCUGCUCUACCUAUACGAGGUGUGUAAGAAAAAUACGUAUCAUAUGAAGAUGCUUUAUAAAAUAUAAUCUCGAGAUGACUCUUAGAAAGCAUAAAAUGAGUAGAGCUAACAAAAUUCAAAAAGGAAGACGUGAUCAUCCUCAUCGGCAGUACAGUUUAUUUGAAACCAUGAAUAAAAAUCCAUGAUUCUCAUCUUUAAUAAAAAAUAAUGAUAUACAUUUUUGUAUAUGUAUAUGAGAGAACUUGGCCACAUGUCCUUGCAGACUCACUAAUAACCGAAAUUCAUAUUAAAAAUUAUAGGCAUUCAUUAUCCUACUGAACUUGUAAUAGUGUUAUUUUCAUAACUAUGAGUUUAUUCCAUAUUUUGUCUUAUUAGAAAUGAGGUUUUCUUCGAUCUACAAUACUUUUAGCCAAUUUACUUAAAAUUAUAUAUCCUAAAAAUUAAAUGAGUGAUAGGUAUUUUGUUGAGCUCUCUACUCAACAGCCUUCAGAUUUUAUAGCAUCUCUCAUAGGCGUGAAUGUGAAAUGACAUUUUUUGUAUUAAAGAAAAUAUUAUAGUCAGGAUCCAUAUUAAACUCAACCCCCAACGAUCUGACUUUCUAGAUGAAAAGUAUUUUAGGAAACAGGAUGGACUACAUCCUUUUACAUAAUUAUAGUAAUAUUAUAAACAACGAGGCUGCAGUUUUUUUAAUAGGUCGGGUUUCCUUUAAGCAACCUACCACCGACAUUUUUUAAAGUAUUCAUUCAUAAUUUGCCGCUAAUUUAUGACAAUGUUAUAACCAAGUCGUCUGGACUAUAGCUUGUGAUACUUAAGCAAACUCAACGGCAUUGGAAAAGGCAAGACUUGUACUGAGAUGAUGUCUAUGGUUUUUUUAAAUAAAAAACGACGCCAUGCUACAUCAUCCCAAGUAUAGGUAAAAUAUCGCUAUUUUUGUACUUCUAGGUUAAAGUAUCUCGAAAACUAGAGCUAGUUGGUUCCUGGCUAAAAAUCUUGGCGGCCUGUGUGACUUUGAUUUGGUCGUGAGUUCGUUGAAGUUCGAGUUUAUAAUUCGGACCUAAGACUAUGACAUGCACACACCUUGUGUUCUCUUUCAUCUUAGAAGCUUUUAGUUGUUUCCUUAGUUCGCUUUAUUUAAUAGCAGUAGUCAAACUACAGUUUACCAUUAUAGCAAGGCAUUAACAUGACCUUCUCUUACCUUCAAAUACUCACUUUGUGUAAAAAAGUAUUAAAGUAAAAUUUAAAAAAUGUUAUCUGUAUAAAAUCAUAGGAUAAUUUUUUUUGUUAUUUAGAAUUACAAUGUGAGUACAAAGGCUGGUGAUUUUGACAAAAUUACUUCGCCAAGAAUUUGUUGUUCAGUUGUAAUUUUUUUACCACCUACAGUUGUUGUUUAUUUUAUAAAUAUUUAUAUUGUGCGUUUUACAAUUUUUGUAAAAAAUUGGUUGUACUUUUUGUAUAGUACGAAUCUUUGAAAUCUGACAGUUCUCCACGAAGCCACUGUAUAUAGUAAUCUCCUAUUUACUUGAAUUCCUCAAAUCAAAGAAUUUUUGCAAUUGAAGUACCACUUUUGUGAACAAAGAGAAGUACAUUUUUCAAUUUUCCAUUUAAGAUUUCUGGAACAUUGACUCGCAAAGUAUCCAUUUAUACUAAUUUUUCGAUGCUCAAGUUGUGUGAUAUCAGAGGGAACUGAAAACGUCGACGUCAAAGGUGGUAAACGAUUGCAGAAAUCUCUUAUGUAAGUGGUUCUUUCUACUAUUUUUCGGAAAAUUUAAAAUAAUUUGUGAUAUAAUAAAAUAAAACCGUCCAUUUGAUUCUCUUCGAAAUGACAUGUACUUAUCUAGAUCUUACUAAUAUUGUAAUAUCAGUAUUCUUAGACAAUUUUACUGAAAGAAAACUAUACGUAACAGACACUAUUUGUUCAAUUUUCUUGAACUCCACUGUUUUCAGUAACGUUGUCUGCAUUUGUUGAACGUUCUUGUGUAAAAAAAUCACGUAUUUAUGACAGUUUGCCAUGGUAUAGGGAUUUUUUAUAUUCUUUUUUUCGAUCUCAAUCAGUUCGUUGGUCGACUUCAGCGCCAAUAUUGUAAUAUUUUCUGUACUGUGUUCUCCUUAAAAUAAUACUCUACCUAGUUUACAUACAUACUAAAUGCACAUAAAAACAGGCAUAUACUGUAAUAACACAUCUCUACAUAUAUAAACCUUUGUUUAUAUACCGCCAUAGAUCUUUUUAUACACAGUUAUGUAUAGUUUAUACCAGAUUUUAUCUUCUCUUUUUUUAUUGUAUUAUUGAUUUUAUUAAAGUAUUUUUAUACCUAGAUCCAUAUAUUUACGUUUUAUAACUUUUUAUCAUUAUAAUUAUUUGUGAACCAAUAAAUGUAUUUAAAAAAUA